GGAGUGUCCUCCUCAUACAGAGGGAGAGAAAGCCUGCAGCCACGGAAGCAAAGCGGGGCAGGACGCACUCAGGCGACAACAGGCGAGUGAAAGCUCAGGAAACAGAGGAGGAAAGAGACUGAAGAGAUUCCAGCCCGAGCAGCAGAGCAUCUUCCCCGGAUAUGGACGGCAUGUUUCUGAGAGACCACCAUCCGCACCAUCUUCACCACCUCCACCAACACGUCGGCUCAUCUGUGACCUCCUCCACACAGGGCGGUGAGCACCAGCGCCAAAAGUUGACCAGCGGAGAACACCUGCGCGCCGGAGACGCAAAGUCCGCCUCUGUGGGAAGCAGCAGCAGCAGCAGCAGCAACAAGUACAAACUGAAGAAGCAAGUCACCGAGGAGGAGAUGUACCAGCUGCGACUCAAGAUCAACGGUCGGGAGAGGAAACGCAUGCACGACCUCAACCUGGCCAUGGACGGACUGCGCGAGGUGAUGCCUUACGCGCACGGGCCUUCGGUGCGGAAGCUGUCCAAGAUCGCCACGCUACUACUGGCCAGGAACUACAUCCUGAUGCUCACCAGCUCCCUGGACGAGAUGAAGCGGCUGGUAGGGGAGAUCUACGGCGGGCAGCACUCUGCCUUCCACUGCGGGACCGUGGCGCACGCAGCCAGCGCCGGCGGACACUCUGCGGGACCAGCCGCCGCUGCUGCAGCCGCCGCUGCUGCUGCCGCUGCGCAUCAGGUGCACCCUCUUCUUGGAGGUGCGCUGUCCUCCUCCACAUCCUCCACUUUGUCCAGUGCGCUACCCGGACUCACAUCCAUCCGAGCCCCCCACGCACUGAUGAAGGGCUCCCCAGCUGCACCCCCGGCCCUUCAACUGGGCUCCGGCUUCCAGCACUGGGCCGGCCUGCCAUGCCCCUGCACCAUCUGUCAGGUGCCUCCUCCUCCGCACAUCCCAAUCACCUCCACGGGUCUGACAAGACUCACAGGGGAGGGGAAGGACGGUCUGAAAUGAUGUCCGACACACUGCAGAGACUGGGAGAUCAUCUGACAUCUGUACAUAACUAAAUCGUGGCAUGGGGUGCAUGUUGUCGUAAAGAUGUUUUCUUGUUAAACGUAUAACAUAAAGAAAGAAAUCUCCUUGUAACAAGGACUUAUAAAGGCUGUAUUUUUGUUUUGCCACGUGCAGGUAAAAAGUGCAGCAGAAUGCAAAUUUUCUCUGGUGUUUGAAUGAAGUUAGUUUCACGCUACAUUGUGAUGAAGACUGCAUGAACCUUUUGUUUUUAUUAUUUUACAUCAGGCGUCAUUUUGUGAAAACGAAGAAUGCUUUCUGUGCCUUGUACCAAGGAUUUUAGUUUUGAGGUUUAUGAGUUUUGCUGAAACGAUUUUCCAGCAGCGUGGCUUAUUAUUUGUUUAUUGAUUGUGCAAAAAUACUGUUUAUGUUUGUUUUGUUUUAUUUUAUUUUUUUUGAAAAGGUUUCUUUUCUUGCAUGUUUGUAUUAUGAUCUUGGCAUGAAUGUUUUUGCGUAAAGACUUUGCCCAGAGACCCCGUGUGUUUAUUUUUGUACAUUGUUGAUGACUGAUUCAAGCAAAUAUUUAUUAUCAUCCAGAGGUCCUGGAAGAAAUUUCAAUAAAACUGGAAUUGUGGAUCAUAAA